AUGUAUUCAUCAAGAGACCAAUUGAGCAUAUCAUUGACCCUUCACCCGCCGAACCUGAACCAAUCCACCAUCACCACAACAUCCUACCUCAACAGCAAUCCUCCAUCUACCAUGCACGCCCCUUCGAUCAGCGGGAUGCGUACCGCCAUGCUCAGCGGACGCUUUACUUCCACGGCGCUGGGCCCCUUUGCCCAUUCCAGCAGCUGCACCAACCCGUUGUAUCAUGCGCUCUCUCAGGCCCGGGCAGCAAGCACCUCCACGAUGCGAGUCCGCAGCACACACGCCCUGAAGACCACAGCCGUGCGACCGUCGACGCAGCUCCCUAUUUCGCCGAUCCUUCGCCGCGGCAACUCGACUGCCGCUGCCACCAAUGAAACCGUCCGUCUGGACUGGAACUCGUUCUUCAAGCUCCGCGCCAGCCGUCGCCGGUACUCUCUUGCCUCGUCGAUUUUGAGCUCCAUGGCCACCACGAUCAUCGGUGUGCAGGUUCUCUCGACGCAGGACUUGGAGUCCCUCGGUGCUCAGGUCAUGGGUCUCGACCCGUUCAUUGUCCUGGGCAUGGCGACUGCGGCGUGCGGCGCGGCGGGGUGGCUCAUUGGACCGUUCGUUGGCAAUGCCGUGUGGGGGUUGGUUUACCGGAGAUAUAAGCCUUCUGUCAUGGUGAAAGAGAAGGAAUUCUUCGACCGUAUCAGACGGUUCCGUGUCGACCCAUCGUCCAACUCCAUCUCCAACCCGGUCCCCGAUUACUAUGGCGAGAAGAUCGGUAGCGUGCAGGGAUAUCGGCAGUGGCUGAAGGACCAGCGGGCAUACAACCGCAAGAGACGUCAUUUUAUUGUUUAA